ACAACUAAUUGUAAUUUGAAUUUUAGAUUUCAAGCAUGGAAAACAUGUUUAGGAGUCCUCGGAAUCCCAUUCAUCGACGUCGUAAGAGUGCUAGCGGCCGUUCUUCUUUUAGGAAACGUUCAUUUCGUCGAUAACAAAGGCAUAGACGUUGACGUUAAAGGAGAAGUCGAAUUAAACGCCGUCGCCGGUCUCCUCGGAGUCUCAAGCGGAGCCCUUUUUAGAGGAUUAACCACGAGAACUCACAACGCUCGCGGCCAAUUUGUAAAAUCAGUUUGCGACGCAAACAUGUCUAACAUUACCAGAGAUUGUUUGGCGAAAGCUCUUUAUUGUAGAACGGUCGCAACGAUAGUCCGACGCGCAAACAGUUUAAAACGGUUAGGAUCAACUUUAGGGACGUUAAGUUCGGAUUCAAAUGAGAGUGUACAUAAUCAAGUUGAAGUUACAAGUCAACACGCUUCGACGAUUGGGGGAACGAACGCCGGAAGUAAAUCAAUGGCUGCUUUAAAUAACGCGGUGAGACACGCCACCGAUGGUUUUAUCGGGAUUUUAGAUAUGUUUGGGUUUGAAGAACCGAAACCGAGUCAAUUAGAACAUUUGUGUAUUAAUUUAUGUGCGGAAACGAUGCAACAUUUUUAUAACACCCAUAUUUUUAAAUCGAGUAUAGAAUCGUGUCGGGAUGAAGGAAUUAAUUGUGAGGUUGAGGUCGAUUAUGUCGAUAACGUGCCUUGCAUCGAUUUAAUUUCUUCGUUAAGAACGGGAUUAUUGAGUAUGUUAGAUGUUGAGUGUUCAAUUCGGGGAACCGCCGAAAGUUACGUCUCGAAAAUUCGUGCGCAACACAAACACAACUCGAGAUUAUUUGACCCAAAACCUUUCGACCCAAGAAUGUUUGGGAUACAACAUUUCGCCAGAAGAGUAGUUUAUGAUGCAACCGGGUUUUUAGAUACUAAUAAAGAUGUUGUUCCCGAUGAUUUAGUCGCUGUUUUUUAUAAACAUAAUUGCAACUUUGGUUUUGCAACUCAUUUAUUUGGGAGUGAAUUAAAAGCUUUGUACUCAGUUGAAAAUGUACCAAGAGGUAUUAGUUUUAGGAUAUCCCCAACUUCUCACGCUGAUUUAUUAAACGGGGAUGAACCGGUUUCCACGUUAACUCAAGAUUUCCAUACGAGAUUAGAUAAUUUAUUAAGAACCUUAGUACACGCUCGGCCCCAUUUUGUGAGAUGCAUAAGAAGUAAUUCUCAAGAAGCCGCGAAUAGAUUUGAUAGAUCUUCUGUUGUGCGUCAAGUUAGAUCGUUGCAAAUUUUAGAAACCGUUAAUUUAAUGGCUGGGGGUUACCCCCAUCGGAUGAGAUUUAAAGCUUUUAAUUCACGAUAUCGGCUUUUAGCGCCUUUUAAUCGAUUGACGCGAACGGAAGAUAAAGUCCUGGAUGAUUGUCAUGUUAUUUUACGCCAUGUGGUUGAGUUAAUGUCGAAAGAAAAUACGGUUUCGACAAGUUGGGCUUUAGGGAAGCGACACAUUUUUUUAAGCGAAGGUAUUCGGCAACAACUAGAAACACUUCGCAACGAAAAACGUCAAAAAUCAGCUACCAUCAUUCAAUCGGUUUGGAGAGGUUGGAAAAGUAGAUAUCGAUGGUCGAUAAUUAAACGAGAUAAAGUCCUUCAAAUUAAUACCACGUCUGUUGGGCGAGUUGGAAAUGGGGUUUCAACGAGACCACGACCUCAACCCAUCGCUGGAACACCCCCACCAGAUCCUAAUGAAAAAUGCGAUAGCAAAAUUAUUCAACAAACUUGUAAUUUAUUCGGGUUAGAUUUAGAAAGACCUCCUCCUGUUCCUCCAAGUCGAUCGUAUACAGUUGCUGGAAAUACGAAAUUGAGAUACCCCCAAACGAGAGUGAUGAAAAUGACGUUUCCCGAAGAUGCCGGUGGUAUUAAAUCGGACGGCGCGGUUCUUUUAAAAGGAGAAUCAGUCGUCGUUGUGGGGGCUUCCCACAGACGUGGUCAUUUAAUUGUCGAACAUAAGCAUUGUACUAUACACGUACCUUUUCAGUAUUUGGAACUAAAACAGAGCGUUAAUAUUUGAGUUUUUCACUUUUUAAGAAGUCAAUAAUUUUUUUGGUUGUUGAUUAUCAUUAAAAUUUAUUAAAUCAAUACAAUUUAUUAAUAUCUAAGAAAUCGUUAUUACACAAUCCUAAGAAUUCGAAAUAAACGACCAGAUUAAGUUGUUUAAUUAGUUACCACAUAGGAAGUGAGAACAACUGUUAAAAUUAUUGACUUUUAUGCGUAUUGGGUAUUUUAUUUCCAUAAAGUAUUCACUUAAAAAAGGAGCUAUUUAUGUAUAUUUAAAUCAAUGCCAUUUUAU